CUGAGUAAUGCAGUCAGCCCGUCACUUCAGAGUUGGUUUCUUGCUGGGGCUUGCUGGGGUUUCAGUGCCAAGCUCUGAUAGUGGUUGGAUUCCUGUAUUGUUUUUGUGGGGGUUUUGGUUUGGCUGUGUUCAGACUGUAAUAUGCGGAGGCUCGACAACAUAUUGUUAUGGAACUUGAUGGCUGCAGUAAUCAUCUUGGGUCAAGCAAGGCCAAAUACGAAGCUCCAUUUGCAGUCAAGCAGUGGUUUAAAGUCAGACUGUGCAGGUAAUCUAAUGAGGCUGUUGUUGGACAAGGCUCUAGCAGUGGGGAACCAGCUCGAGGUGGACGCCAUCAAUGGUACCCAACACACUGUAUUGACGCCCAGCUUGGCUGCUCAGUGUGGAUACAGCAUGGAGUCUGACCCAUGGGGUAACACCAGAAUCUACACAUCUCUGCUGGGCUGCUAUGUGGACAACAAAGAAGAUACAACAUUUAACACUGGCCUGAGACUCCGAAUGUACAGCCAGAGUCCAUCAGAGGUAGUCAGUCAUGAUGUGACGCAGACGUGCAGCUACUCUCGGUGGGCCUCCAGGGAGAUUCUUUGCGACAGGAACUACAUGGAAGUGUCAAACCACAUGGCUACACCUGAUGCACAAGCUGAAGCUAAGGGGCAGGCUCCAGAUGUUAAAGAUGACUCAAAGAUGAACGCCAUCCCUGGUGCCACUGACAAAGCACAUGGUAUCUGGAAGAUGACGUUUCAUACUCCAGAACCAGUGGCGAUGGUGCUGAGGGAGGCUGAACAAGCUGGCUAUGGUGCCAUGACUACAUCUAAGCGUCUGGUUAUGAGAAGCCCAUACAAUACAGCAGAGACUUAUUCUGAGGAUGUGGCUGGAGUCCCCAUGGAGGUUUUCAAGGUGAGCGUUUACUACAAGGCACCGCAUGGUUUGACUGUUGUGAACUUGGCAGCGGCGUGUCCCAAAGGUGGCGUCCUCUUCACUGACGAUGUAAUCUCUUGGCACGUACCUCGCCGUGUGACGCCCCUGAUCGAUGGCAGCUUUAAAGUCCUAGAGAUGCACAUGGGCAUCAAUGGGCAGAGGCUUGAUAAAUCUCAGAUGGCUGCUCGGGGUUACACGCUAUCUGCGACGGACUUUCACAUCGUCAUUGAGUUGCCCGUGGGCUCUCCAGAUGGUUACUACAAGAGCCAUGCCCCAGAUUACCAGUACCACAUCACCUACACUGUGGAACCCAUGCUUGAGGUGCUGUGGAGAUCCGAUAAGAGCCAAGAUGAUACCAGAUAUAAGAUUUUGUUCCCCAUCACCACCCCUCUGAUGCCCCGGCCACCCCAAGUCUCUGACCUUACCAGCACAGAGGACAGGCUGUUCAGUGUUCACUUAGGGACCUUUCUUCAUGAUGUGGAGCUCAGGAACAUCACCUUCCCCACUGGGGUCCUCACCAUUGAGGAGUGCAAUGCCAAAGGCUUCACAGUUGAGGAACACAGCUCCCCCAAUGGAACAAAGAGCUACACUCUGCAAGUGUCCUUCGAUGCCGAUGUUGUCCUGACUCACAAUCCUGAGCCUUUGGUUACAGUCUACUUCCUCCCUCUGGUCUUUGGAUUCAUCAUCCUGCCUGAAGAAACUCCAUUUGCUCACCCAGUGGAGUUGCAGGCCUCUCUACAGGAUGUCGUUCUUCCCACAGUCACUGGCACUUGUGACCAGAGUAAGUUUUACAUCAGUGUGAAAUACGGGAGUCAAGGCAGCAAUUUCCAGACCAUGGUUGGACCACAGCAGCUAACGCCUGAGCUGGCUGAGGUCUAUAAUUUCCAAGAGAACAGCACACAAUUCAGCCUUCAAGUGCCAUACACUGCCAAGGACACAGCGUUUGAGUUGAUCACCUCAGAUUCAGUCAGAGCCAGACUUGACUUGCUUCUGUGGGAGCCAAACAACAACUGGGUGCUUGGUGACCUCUACCUUUCCUGCAACUUCCCCUUGACAACAAUUGAGUGCUACCCCAAUGGAACAAUGACUGCUCUGGCUGUGAAGGUGGAAUCGGUGCCCAAUCUUAUUCCCAGUUGGCUGACUCUAAAGGACAAGUCUUGCAAACCAGUUUUUAGCGAUGACCGUUUUGCACGUUUCACUUUCAGUGUUGAUUCCUGUGGGACCACUAGAACAUUCUUUGACCACUACAUGCUAUAUGAAAAUGAGAUUGGCCUCUAUAACAACAACAACAAAGGAGCAGCAACUUACACAUCACCAAUUGAUCCAGACUACAGGCAAACAGUUUCCUGCUACUAUGUGGUCAAUGAGACUCAGACUGUUACGUUUGGCUACAAACCGAGAAGCAGAGACCCUGCAGCAGAAAUUGGGUCAGGACAACUUAUGGUGCAAAUGAGGCUGGCCCAGGAUUCAUCAUAUGAGCUCUUCUACCAAGCCGAAGACUAUCCAGUAGUGAAAUACCUUAGGCAGCCUCUGUAUUUUGAGGUGGAGCUGAUGCAGUCUACUGACCCUCGCUUGGAGCUCAUCCUGGAGAACUGCUGGGCUACUCUUAAUGAAGACAGGACAUCUCUGCCUAGUUGGGACAUCAUUGUGGACAACUGUGAGAACCGUGACGACAGCUACAUGACCAUGUUCCAUCCUGUUAUGGCUGACACCAGGGUCACCAUCCCAUCCCAUAUCAAACGCUUCUCUAUAAAGAUGUUCACCUUUACUAAAGAUGAAGAGGUUCUUAAAGAUGAGAUCUACGUCCACUGUGAUGCAGUGAUAUGUGACACAAACAGCCAAGCAGACGGCGCCUGCAGUGGACAAUGUGUGCAUCCUACCACCUUGAGUAACUCCAGAUUUCAAGGGGUAAAAGGAGUAAAAAGGGAGCAAAGAAGUGCAGACUUGACUCACCAAAAGAUCUCCUCAGGACCCAUUCUUCUAUUAAACUCUCAGUCAAGCCUCUGAAUAAACUAAGUUUCUUAAAA